AUGUCUAUAAUUGUUAUUCUCGGCGUUACUUUCGCUGAUGAUCCAUUACGUCCACAAUAUCAUUUAAUGCCACCAAAAAAUUGGCUUAAUGAUCCAAAUGGACCUGUUUAUUACAAUGGAUACUAUCAUAUGUUCUAUCAAUAUUAUCCCAAUGUUGUUCCAGCGGAUCAAAAGCAAUGGGGUCAUUCUUAUAGUACGGAUAUGGUUCAUUGGAUUGAUUUGCCAAUUGCUCUUUUACCUGAUCAAUCCUAUGAUAUCAUUGGAGUAUGGACUGGAAGUACAACUAUUGUUAAUGGCAUUCCAGUUAUAAUAUAUACUGGUAUAACAAAUACACAUCAACAAGUUCAAUGUCAAGCUCGACCAUCUAAUUUAUCUGAUCCAACAUUAACAAAUUGGACAAAAUCUUUAUUAAAUCCUCUUAUAACAAAUCCAGAUGGUCGUGAUCCAUCAACAGCAUUUCAAGAUAAUGAAAAUAAUUAUUAUUUAAUUUAUGGUUAUGGUACACAAGAUUUAGGUGGACAAGCUGUAUUAUUUACUUCACAAGAUUUUUUAAAUUGGACAUAUUUACAUCCAUUACAUAGUAAUCAUUAUGAUACAAUGUGGGAGUGUCCAGAUAUAUUUAAAUUAUUAAAUUAUACAGUUUUAAAAGCAUCUUUACUUGGUCGUGAUUUUUGGACAAUAGGAUAUAUUGAUCCAAUAAAACUUAUUUUUAUACCAAUUAAUCAUGAUCUUGGAGAAUAUACUCAAUUAAUUGAUUAUGGAAAAUUUUAUGCUUCAAAAACAUUUUAUGAUCCAAUUCAUAAACAACAAAUCGUUGUAGGUUGGGCAGCAGAAGAUGAUAAUCAAGCUGAACAACGUGGUUGGCAAGGUUUAUUAACACUUCCACGUGCAAUAUUUCUAUCAGAUGAUGAUUUACAAAUACGUACACGUCCAAUUGAUGCAUUAACAACAUUACGUGAUCCUAAUACUCAUCGACAAUUUCAAGAUGUUAUAUUAGGAUUAGAAACUCCUUUUGAACUUAUACCAAAUAUAAAUGGUACUCAAAUUGAAGUACUUAUUAAUUGGCAAUUUCCUGUGAAUCAAACUUUAGAUUUUGGAUUAAUCGUUCUUUCUACACCUGAUGGUACACAACGAACAGACAUUGGUAUUUCAACAUUAACAAAUACAAGUGUUAUGAUGAAUUGGGAUUUUCCUGGAUUCGAUUAUUUUAGUGUUCCAAAUGUAACUCAAUGGUUUGAUUGUCAAUCUGCAUGUGACCAUGAUAAUAAAUGUCAUGCAUGGACAUAUGAUACGAGUAAACAAAUUAAUAAUAAUUGCUUUCUUAAAUCCGGUAUUCCAUUAAAGUAUGCAAGUUGGUUUUGUGUAUCAGGUGUAAAACAACAAAAAAUUAAUCAACAACUUGUUUGGAUUUAUAUUAAUCGUGUUUUAUCACAAAGAAAUCCAGGUGCUUCACAUUCUCCCAUUCAUGGUACAAUUUGGAUGAAUUCAACAAUGUUAAAUAAUCAAUUUUUACUUGAAUUAGAUAUAUUUAUUGAUCAUUCAGUUAUUGAAAUAUUUGAACCACAAAAUGGACGCAUUGCUAUUACAGGACGUGUUUAUCCCGAAGAAGAAAAUGCUAAAAAUUUAGGUGUUUAUGCGCUUCGUAUUCCAACUAUCGAGGAUAAUAUUAUUAUUAAAACAUUAGAUUUUUGGACUUUAACUGCAAUUUAA